AUGAACCGCCAGCUGUCCGUGGUUUGGGAUUUUGGUGGAGUUCAGUGGGAUGCGAUCUCGUCGGGAUCCGAGGGUCCCGAAUACCGAUCAGCUUGCCUGGGUGGCUGCUCGUUCCUGAUCAGGAAACAUAACACCACACCACACUGCAUACAGAAGGUCCUGCAGCUUUCAAAGGUGCAUAAUAAUAAUAUAACUCCCAUCUUCGUCAUCAACGUUUUCAUUGCCGACCUCAUCCAGAUAUGCAGCAUGAUCAUUUUUGUGGCCAACGUCAAUGCCUUCUUCAUCAAACUCUUGGUGCAUUCUUAUGGUCUGAUUGCCAGUGUUGGCUUCAUGGUGUGUGUCGCCAUGGAAAGGUAUUUGAUCAUCGUCUGGCCACUUUGGUACCACUGCAAUCGGAGCAUCAAGGCAUCUGUGUUGGUCUGUGUUGUGAUCUGGAUUAUUUCUAUCACUGGCUUCCCUAUUUUCUUCUCCGUAUUUCCUUUUGUCAUCAGAGCCAUUUCAUUCUUCAUCUUUCUGUUCCUCCCCUUCCCCCUGCUCAUCUUCUUCCUGGCUGAGACCCUCAAAUCGCUGUCUGCUGCCAUCUCAGUCUCCCCUGAGGAAAAACGAAGGAUUGUGGGAACUAUGGUUCUGGUGCUGCUUAAUUAUAUAAUGUUGUUCGUCCACACAGUCAUUCUGGUCCUGAGAGUAGAAAGUGUUGCCCUUUACGUCAGCAUUGGCGUUUCGAUUCAUAUAAGCCCUCUUGUGGAAAUGGUCUUGUAUAUCUUCAGCAGUAAAGGAGCCACAGACAGUCUGCUGGCCUGCCGGUGUUGUUGCACAAUGGGCAAAAGGUGUAUGAGCGUCUUGGCAGAGCAAGAGGGGGAGAAUAAAAAUGUAAAAAGUGAAGGAGCAAAGGCAAGAAAUGAAAACUAA